AUGUACGGCCUUCAACCUGCCCCAUGGAUGGGUGGGGUCGCUCCGCCGUACACGCAAGUACCCCAGCAACCUUACGGUGCUGAAUACACUCAGACCCCAAACAGCUUUGGCGGGGGUUUUGGUGCAGAACUUUCUUAUGUGGGCCAGGGCGCAAAGGGAAAUCCUGAAAGAAACGUUGAACAAUAUACAAACCGGGACGAGUUUCAGCAAGGCGGCAACGAUGCUGGUUUUGUGCAAGGUGCCGCGGGAGGGGGCAGUGCCUUCCCACCCAAGAGCGGGUUGGGUGGAGGGGGCUUUGGGAGUUACGGAAUGAACUCCGCGGGUGGCUUUGGUGGCAUGAUGGGUGCUGGGGGGUCAAUGCGCGGUCCGGAAGAGCCGCCACCGAUGGUGCUCAAACUCUUCUCCAGUCGACGUGACCGGUCCCAGCUUAUGUCGCAGAGCAGCUUCAACCGUCGCCCCUCCCAGUACAGCCUCAGAUGGGGCAGCUACGAGUUUGAAAACAAUGACGCCGCAAUUGACUGGCGUGAACCAGCACGAGCCGCGCCAAUCGACACCAGUGGCCUCCCCAGGGAUCCGCAAGCCACUGAGGUUGGUGUGCGAGCUGUCUCCAACCGGCGCAAUGAGGGAACAAGCCCGAGGCGACCGCAGAGCCCAGUAGGAAAUGGUGCUGAUGCAAGGUACGGGCCUGACGAUCAAAAGACUAAAGGAUCCGAGAAAGAAGUAUCGCAAAAUAUUCCUUAUUCCAGUUCUAUUGGCAUGGAGACGCAAGAGCCGCCGCGUACUGGAAAUGCCUUUGGUGGGGGCGAGAGCCUCGCUGACAUGGGCUCCGCCGUCUUUUACGGCUCUGGUCCAGACGUCAGUGGGUAUUCGGCAGGAACGGAAGAUGAUGACCAACUGGGACUGCAUUCACGCUCCUCCCGCGUCUCUUCGCGGCGUCGCUCUUCUAGCCUUGGUCGUCCGCGCAGCGCCCAUACAAUUAUGUCGAUUGCAGAGUUCCCUCAGGGCGACGAGGUGCAAGACGCCCUUGCCGCUGAACUUGCCCAACACAGGCAGUCGGCCGCGCCGCAAGUGAGUGUGGGUGGGCGUCAUCCGACGGAGUUCGGCAAGCCAGCUGAUAUCACUAAAUCGCUCCAUGGGCAGAGUGAGGGAGAUAAACCGACGAGCGUUGAAGAGCAAAAAAACAGUGCGCCACAAGCCAUCGAACCCGAUGAGAAAACGCGGCGUCAGGAGGAGCAGAAACGUUUCGACGAGGAAUUGAAGAAUAAAAAUGAGCAAGAGCGGUUGCACCGGAAGGCCGAGGAGCGAAGACGCUUUGAGGAUGCACGAAGGCACGAGGAGCAGCGCGAAGAGGAGCGCGUCAAAGGACUUGCCACAAACGCAGAGGCAGUGGGGGUUUCGGAGCCAAAACCGAGGCUGGUGGCGUCUGCCUGCGGCCGCGCACGCCCGACCUCGCGCCGCGGGUCUCUCAUGCGCGCCAUCCCGGAGCAGCCACCGGAUCUGGAGGUGGGGGUGAUGAAGGACAACAUGUCGGACACGCUGGUAACGUCGCGAGACCACACCCUGCGACGCGUCUCCCACAACGUGGAGGAGAAAACCCCCCACAGCGGCGCUGCUCGCCCCAAGGAAGAGACCGUGGAACACACUAAACGUGAAAAAGCCCAAGAAGAAGAAUCACGGCGACAACCUUCACAUGAUGCAGCGAAGCAAAAGCGGCAACAACGAAGUGAGGCACGCCAGGAGAAACAGCAACAGGAAACAAGGGAACACAGGACCCCCAAUGCGAUCAAGACACUUGUGCUUUUGAAGAGUGGACCGCAAGAAUCGAAUUACAUUUCCGCAGAAGGAAAUAGUUUCACAUACCGAGGGAAACAACAUGAGGCCACCGCAGUGGUCUUCUGCAAUCCAUAUAACAUCUCGUACCGCUCGAGCCUCUUUAAUGAUAUCAGGGAUUCUGUCUGCGAUGGACACAAUGCUUCCAUCAUAUCCGUAGAGGCACCAAAGACGGGAGCCGUGUUUAAUUCCCCAGUCUGGUCUGGUCUUAUGCGCAUUGUGAGUGGUGUGUUGAGGAAUAAUCGAAACCUGACUGAGGGUACAGCUGAGCUCACAGCAGCUUUUGGGUUCAUCCACAAGGAUAAGGUGCGAGAUCUAUUUGUUGAUAAUAACAGCUGUUUUGAGAAGUUGGUGGUGCACCCAUCCCCUAUUUAUGGUCCUCGCAUUCCACACCUUUACUAUGGCAAAGUUACUUCGGAUGCGGAGUUUGAAGAAGUUAUGAGCAGCGCUCUCCGCCGCGCCAAUGCCGAUCCCGUACUUUCGACAACAGAAGGUAUGGCAGUUGCCUUUAUUCUCUCUCGGCAAUGCCGUAUUGUCACAAAUGAGGCCGGUGAAAAGACGUGUGAUGUGGUUCUUUCCUCACUCGUGGUGGCCUCAGCUGGAGGUGAUCCCGUGCCGUUUGAGAAGGCUCUUGCGCGACAUAAGAACGAGUACAGUAUGCUGUUUCACCUCGUGUUGGGUGGCCCUUGUAACACAUGCUUCCUCUUGCAUCUUUCCAUGGCAGAAGAGGAGAACGGCGACCCUGAAGUCGUUGAAAAGCUCAUUGAGUUGCAUGAUAAGAUGCAUUCUUCGUACAACUAUCCGCUUCGCAGUGGGUCAGUGAUGCGGUUUGUAAAGUAUGUGGAGUCGGCGAACAAGGAGGCCGUCGAGCGUCUCCGGCUUGAAGACAACCCUGAGAGGCGCAACCGGCUUGAGCGGUACGUGGAGGAGCAGGCAAAGCUACUGUCGGAUGCAAAUAAAAUGCUGGCUGAGGUGCGCGAGGAGUUGCGAGCGAAGUUCCCCAGUUUGUCAUAG